CUUCCUUUAUACAGAUCUGUUAAUGAACACAUAAUUACAGUAUGUAAGAUGUAUUUCUUUGUAGUCUGUAGUCUAAAUAGUCUAAAACAGUGGUUCUCAACUGGUUUUGCUUCGGGACCCAGAUUUUACACUGGACAUCAGGUGGUGACCUACCAUAGUAAAAAACGUAACCUGUAUUUAAUAUAUCCUGGGUUGGAUUUUCUUUUAUCUUACAUCGUACGUUAUACAUUCAAGUAUAAGGGCAUGUAUCAAGUGAAAUUUUGUUGUUGAUGUCAACAACAGAUACAAGAAGUUUUCUCUCCCCCCCUUUUAAAAAUUGAAGAGACUAUUUAUAUAAGCCGAUUAUAUUUAUUAUCCAGUUUAUUUCCUAUUUUCAAACAUAAUUCCAACAGAACAUAUAUAACACAGGAGGAACACUUAAUAAUUUGUCCCCAAGUUUUGGAGGUCCAGAAUUUAAAGCCCUUUAUGUACUUGCCCUUAUAUUUACAGUAGGGAUUCGCGGUAUACCAGUACUAACGAAAUAUCGUGAUACCAAAAAAUUUAAAACGGUAUGAUAUCAUCAUCUUUUUAAUUUCGGUACCAUAUUAAAAUAUGCUGCCAUUAGCGUAAUGUAAUGUGAGAGGUUUGAGAUGAAAUCAAAGACCAUUUGAAAAUAAUAAUAAAAAAGCCUCUAUAUGGCCAAGUGUGAUUAAACAGCAGAAGGGUGUCAUUUAAUGAAAUAAUAUACAGUCACAUGCGCUACAUGCCACAGUAUGAAUAAGAGGUGCCUCUCUGCCCUGUCAUCUCCUUCACACACAGGCACGCACACAAACACUCACACAAAUGCAACACACACUACUAAUGCUUGAUUUUCAUGCAGUGUGUCCAAUAGUAUCCAUCUUCUGCAGAGCCACAGAUUAGUGUGUUGAGUGUAUAAACAGCUGUGAACUCUCAAAUUAACUCUUUCUCUGUUGCAGCUUGGAGAUUUCAGCUCCUGAAUCGUGGGAAGCUUGAUAUAACGAACCCUUCACAAACAGGAAGAACUUCAAAGAUCUUUCAAAAUAAAAUUCCCGCUGAAAUGAGAGCUAUUCAACUGAUUGCGUGAAAUUGAAGACAUUACGACAGAAAAAUAUUACUACUGUAUAAAAGUGUAAUAUUCAAAGCAGUCACAAUAAUACUCAUAGUAGCAAUAAUAUAAUAUUAAAUGGUUAUAUUAUUAAUAUUAUUAUCUGUAAGCAAUAUCACAUAAGCAAGUGUACAAAACAUUGAUAAAAUGUCUGUACAAGAACAUUCAGUAUACAAAGAACUCCAGACAACAUGAGUUGUGGAAAAUCAGAUGUGAUCUAGGAGCUUUAUACAGUUUUAUUCCAUUCGUGCCAUUGAAGAGAUGGUAAGUCUAUCCCUCAAAGCCUUGUUUUAAUUUCCAUUAAAAAUCAAAGAUGGCGCUAUCGUGAAUAAGGUCUAUAUAAAACAGAACUGGAUCGCUAAUGAUGUUAUAACAGUGAAGCCACUGCGCCGCCAUAUUGCUAUUCCCAAACAUUCCAGUGUCCCUAUUGACUUAAUAGGAAAUCAUCUCAUUUCAGCGAGUAAACAUUAGUCAUUCAGUCAUGAUUUUAUAUCUGAAAUCUGCAUGUACAUCCCUACAAUGCAGACUUCCAACACAUGUAAAUAUUUAUUAAUGUCGGGAAUUUUUCCUGUUUCUUGAAAGCCUGAACGAGUUAUGUUUAUCUGUAUCAAACAGUAUCCACCUCUAACAAACUUAAUCGGUGAACAGAUAAGCUGAAUGUAAACAAGUUCACUGAAACUGAGGAGAGACUCAGCGAGAUGAGAGCAUCUCGCCUUCGUGAGCUCCCUGGAAGUUCAGAGAGUACAGAGGACCAAAAAGACUUAUCCCAGCAGAGACAAGAAUUGAGAGAUGGUGAGGAAGUGCUUGCUCGAUGGACAGAUUGCCGCUAUUACCCUGCCAAGAUUGAAAGUAUCAACAAGGAAGGCACUUACACUGUACAGUUUUAUGAUGGAGUCAUACGCUGUGUGAAAAGAAUCCAUAUCAAGUCCAUGCCUGAAGAUGCAAAAGGACAACAGGACUGGAUUGCUCUGGUGAAGGCAGCCACAGCUGCAGCUAAGAGUAAAGGAGGGAGCCGGCCUCGCACAAGCGCCAACAGCAACAAGGACAGAGAGGACAGGAAGGAACAGCGGUCGGAUGAAGAGCUUGAUAACGAGGAGGAUGAGGAUUCUGAAUCAGAGAAACUCGCAGCAGACCUGGAGUCAGAAGAAGAGGACAGUAAACCAGCUGCUAAGGAUGUUGAAUCUACUGCGAUGAAGAGGAGAAGCAAAAGACAAGGCAACAUGUGUAGCAGGAAAAGGACUCGCCUUAGCAAAGGGACAGGAUGUCCUGACACUGAGUCUGAAAGCAAAACGGAGCCAAAAGAGCUUCCAGUGACCACACAGCAGAAAAUGUCAGGAGAAGCUAGUCUAGCAGAGGAGAGACCCCAGUCUGCCAGUGACCAGAGAGCCCCAGCACCCCUUUCUACUCCUGCUCCUUCCCCGUGCAAGUCUCGCUCCAGGAGGUUUAAGCAUGACUCGGGAGAGUCCACUUCCAGCAGUCAGAACAUAACCACAGCUCCUGAACCCAGUCCUUCACCCAGCUCGACACAAACCCUCCCAGACAGCGCACACACUGCCCCUCUCAACUCCCCCCAGAGAAGGAGACGAUCUCAGCGUUUAGUGACAAGCUCUGACCAGACCUCCCCUAACUCACCGCACAUGAGGGAUUCCAUCUCCCACCCUCCACCCACAGACAGCUCUCAGAAAACUAAUGAAGACUGCUGCACUGCAGUCAAAACAGAAGCUUCUUCACAAAAGCCAGUUUCAGGAAGCACAUCAUCAGCCCCACCCGCUGGCAGUGCUCAUUCACCAAUCGCUGAGAAGGACAAGAUGACUGACAUGUUGCCUAGUAAUCAAACAGCACUUGGAGAGAACUCUCCUUCUAUAGUGAUAGCUGCUGGUCAGAAACUUCCUUCCAGGAUGCCUAAAACCAACAAACAUACCAGAGAGCCAAUUAUAAAUACCAAGAAGUCUGAUGACCCCACUGCUCCCAAUGAGUCUCUAAUAGAUCUGGACCAUAAUAAAUUUAAGUGUAAAGUCCCUGGCUGCUCUAAAGCAUUCCGGAAAGCAAAGCUGCUGGACUAUCACCUGAAGUACUAUCAUAACACAGAAAAGGAAAUGGAUGGCAAGGUCUGCUCACCAGAGAGGAUGGGCCGCACCAGGGCCACAUCUGCUUCCAUGCCUACAAGCACCCUGUCCGAUACCCCAGAAAACAAGAGACGCAGGACCGUCUCCACUUCUUCCUGUAGGUUUCCCUAUGGAUCUCUGUCGUCUCAGGGCUUCAUGCUUCAAAUGGACAGCACUGGCUAUGUGCGGCCUCCUAAGUUUUGUAAAAAGAAACGUUCUUCUGCCUCUAUCAGUUCAGACAGUACAGAGGUGUCUCUACCACCUCCACCCUUUGAUAACCACCAUGACAGGUUUCUCAAGAAGGACAAGCACCUAGAUGCAGCAGGACUAUGUAUAAAGACAGAGCGAAAAUUCAAACUAGAGGAAAAAUGUCAGUUGUUUGCGAAAAAGAGAGAUAAAGACAGGCGGGACAGAAAAGAGAAGGACCUUUUCAGAAUUAAACAGAAGAAAAAGAAAAAAAAGAAGAAGAAAUCGAAACAACACUGUUAUUCAGACCUGGAAGAGAUGUCAUUGGCUUACCUGGAUAGACAGUCUUCCCCGCUACAUCAUUCUUCCUCCAGUGCCUUUUCAAAGCACAGCACCUUCCAAUACCCUCGUGCCAUACUGUCUGUCGACCUUACUGGGGAGAACCUGUCAGACAUUGACUUCCUGGAGGACUCGACCACUGAGAGUUUGCUGUUCAGUGGAGAUGAGUAUAACCAGGAUUUAGACUCUAUCGCCAUGGAGGACUUCCAGGAUGAGGAUGAUGAUGGUGAUGAUGAGAUUGUCCGCUGUAUCUGUGAGAUGGAUGAAGAAAACGGCUUCAUGAUUCAGUGUGAGGAGUGUAUGUGCUGGCAGCACAGUGUGUGUAUGGGACUUUUGGAGGACAGCAUCCCCGAACAAUACAUCUGUUACAUCUGCAGAGACCCUCCAGGUCAGAGGUGGAGUGCUAAAUACCGUCAUGAUAAAGACUGGCUCCAAAAGGGCCACAUGUAUGGGCUAUCCUUCCUCACAGAGAACUACUCGCAUCAGAAUGCCAAGAAGAUUGUUUCCACUCACCAGCUUCUGGCUGAUGUUUACAGUGUUAAAAACCUGCUCCAUGGCCUUCAGCUCAAGAUGGACAUCUUACAGAACAAACAUAACCCAAGUUUGCACUUAUGGGCUCGGUCUUGGGUGAACUCUGAUGAAGACCAGCCUAUGGGGGGCAUUCCAGACUGCUUACAUUUCAAAGAGCACCUCAACCAGGACUCAAACCCUGAAACCUAUAUCACUAGCGAGCACAGCUACCAGAAACCUCCCGGAACAAGCCUUGAACACACUCAAAGGGAUGAGCAGGGGACCCAAACAGCCUUGCACACCACACCAUUUAAUAUAAAUGAAGAAGAGGUAAGCAGUGCCAUUGCACUGUCUAGCUGUGGAAAUGACAGCAACCUGGGGUCCAUGGAACAGGCCAGGAACUGCCUGCAGUGGCAGAUGAACCUGCUUACACACAUAGAAGACAUUCAGAACCAGCUCUCAGGCCGCAUGGACCUCAUCGAGAAAGAGCUUGAUGUGCUGGAGAGUUGGUUGGACUUCACGGGUGAAUUGGAGCCUCCUGAUCCCUUGGCCCGACUUCCACAGCUCAAGUGCCGAAUCAAACAACUUCUGACGGACCUGGGAAAAGUACAGCAGAUGAGCACCCUCUGCUCUGUGUGAUACAACACACACAUUAGAGUGUGUUGCCUGUGCUUCUAACACCAUCUCGUGUUUCUACACACACAUGCUCUACAUGUUUGAGGAGGUGCAUUCAAAAUAAUGCUCAUAUUCAGAAGAUGUGUGAGUAACGCUGGACUUGGAAGAGAACAAAAGAGGAAAAUUAUGUGCUUGGCAAUGGACUAUUUUACAAUGCUUGUCACCACAAAGUAUGAGAUAAAGGAACAUUCACAAUUUGUGAAGGUGUGGAACAGGAAGAUGCCGGUGCAUACAUGCCGAGUCUAAAAAUAACCACAUAUCUGAUUAGUUUUUCCACCGAAAUAUGAAGAGGUCACUAUGGCAAAUGAAUUAUUUUACAUGUAAGGACUGAAGAGAUUGCAUCACACUCAUAGCAAGUUAUUUAAGAGUACAGUUUUGGUGUAAAAAUUGAAUCAUAAAGGCUUCUCCCAUUCAAAAGGUGAAUGGCCCCAAUAGUGCCAAAAAAAAAAAAAAAAAAAACACCACUGUGGUCUGUUUUUUCAGACACAUACAAUUUUGUUAAAUGUUUUUUAAAUGGAUGGUACGUUUUAGGCCUGGUUUAGGUUCAUUUGCAGUCUGAUUCACUGGUACUAAAGGUUCACAAUUCCAACAGACUUUUAUUAGACAAACACAAGUAGUUUUCAUACAAUUCAUGUCUAAUACUUGCUUUCGCAUGUUUCUCUACAGUCUUGAUGGAUGUUGUAGUGAGUGACAAGACUAGCUUCUCUAACAGCAGGUUAUCCAGUUAGUCCAAAGAUAGGGGACUCUUCUCACCAAGGUCUGUUUAUCAUGUUGAUACUUUGUGAGUUGCUACCGUUGAGUAAGCUAAUCCUAAAAUGGAUGUAAAUGCAUAUAACAAUGGAACCCUUUAGUUCAGUUUUUGUUUUGUUUUUUUUUGGGGGGGAUGUAUAUACAGUUUUUAUAACAGUAAGGAAAACAACACAAAAACUAAGGCAUACGAGGACAAUAUUUGAAAAUGCCUGUUUAAUCUCAGUUUCUAUUAAACUGUAAAGAAGUGUUUUAGAUUUAGAUUUAAAACUUGAAGUUUCUUUUGAUGAGAUACCAGCUGUACAUUAAAGAGUUUAUUUAAAGACCUGAUGUAAGUAUCUGUAUGUACAACUUCAUUAAAAUAUUCUCUACAUUUUGUGUAUGUGAUACAUUUUUAAAUAAAUCUCACUCUUUGGAGUUUUUAAAAGCA